GAGGAGGGUUUUAGGGUUUGUUAGGGGAGGGGGAGAGAGAGAGAGAGAGAGAGAGAGAGAGAGAGGUGGAAACAAUGGCGACGGAGGAGGAGAUCGCGGUGAAGGAGCCCCUCGACCUCAUCCGCCUCAGCCUCGACGAGCGCAUCUACGUCAAGCUCCGCCACGAUCGCGAGCUCCGCGGGAAGCUCCACGCAUAUGAUCAGCAUCUAAAUAUGAUACUUGGGGAUGUUGAAGAGAUAGUCACUACUGUAGAAAUCGAUGAUGAAACUUACGAGGAGAUUGUUCGGACAACUCGACGGACCAUUCCCUUUCUUUUUGUGAGAGGAGACGGAGUGAUACUGGUUUCGCCGCCUCUGAGAACGGCGUGAAGAUGUAAUGCUCCAUUACGCGUGUAAUAGACGUCGCAUUGAACUGCAUUUAAUGUGGGACUAACUAAUGCACUAAAAAUGGUUAUCCCAUCUUCGAAAUCGCAAGAUGAGCCUUCCUUACCCUGUUUGUGUUUGUGGUAGGUGGCUAGAUCUAUAUUUAUCGCGCUUCUUGUUUUUUUCUAGGAGCUAUUUUGCUUGUCUAAGUGUGGGAUUUAUUCACCAUAGUUUAACUGCUAAUCUCAUCCAGUCAUCUUAAGUUGCAUCAUUUGGCCUGUUUUUCUCCGCUUCA